AUCGCAUUAUAUAGAAUCACGGAUUAUGUUUUUUCACCUGUGUUUAUACUCGGGAAAUAGUGUUUAUUACUCAGACAAUAUAUACAGAAAGAAGUUGACUUACCGGUAGUAGUCGUUCAUCCUUCAAACGACAAACAUCCUUUUAAUUUUGGACUACGAAGAACGAUACACUAACCUGAUUUUAAUUCGACGCUCUGCUGUUCUAUCUCGUGAAAUUCUUGAAAAUCUGAAAAAUGUGUGAUCUCAUAUUGGUCAGGAUAAGAUUAAAAGUGUGUAUGUGUGUGAAAAAAAAGAUUAGAAGAGUGUUUGUGUAUAUAUAAUGUGUAAAAUAUCUAUACAUGUGUGUGUGUUUGUGUGUGCGCGUACGUGUUGGGUAUAUAUGACAAUCGAAUAUAAUACAAAAUGUCUAUUCAUCAUUAUUAUAAACGCAAAAUUAUUGAUAACAGCAUUAUUAAGAAACGAAAGAAGUAUCGCUAUUGUACAAAUCAACCUGGAAUUUUGAAGAAAAAGUACGACACAAUAGUCCUGUGGGGAAAUCAACAAAAGGCCGAUUUUAUUUUCGCGAAUAUCUUUUAAACGCCAUAAUAUCUCGACUUGCGAACGCAAUGUUUUAAAAAUUAUGUGUUUAACUAUCAAUUAAUAUAUAAAAAGAGAGUUUAUGUUAAUUAUCUGUUAUUAACGAGGACGAUACAGAUCAUGUUUGGUUGGUACAAACUGAAAUUAGUAAUUACGCAUGUACAUCGUAAAGAUUAAACGUGAAGGUUAAACGAUCGCGUGGCGCAUCGUGGAUAAUAUUUAUGAUUGCUUAAAUAAGUAGCUAUUUGUAUAAGUUUAAGUAAAAAAAGUAAUUAUAAGUUUGUAGGAUUAACAAAUACUUCAAUUAAUCUAUCUUUAGAGAAGUAUAAUCUGGCAUAUAGUUUUUUUUUCUUUAGGUAGAUAUACUACUAUUUUUACUACAUACAGAAAUUUCUAUCUCGUACCAAUUAAAUUGUUAUAUUACGUACGGUGAGGAUAUAACCUAACAAAUUUAUAUUCCGAUAUAAUAGGCACAUAUAAUGAUAGUAUUUCUCCAUUACUCUUGUAGUUCAUGUUUUCUCCACACAUGUCGCUGAAGUCGCAUAUGCUACAAUCAAAAAAUGAUGAACAGCUUUAUGUAUAUUAUGGAAUGUUAAGAUUAUAGUAUAUUAUGGUUUAUCUUGCAAGAAUAUUCUAUAUGUUAAUCAUUUUAUUAAUAAAAUAAAUGUCUGUUAAUUAUUAUUAUGAUCUUAUAUGAUCGAAAGGAAAAUGCUAUUUGUUGUAUAAUGGUUUGCAAUUGCCAAAUUUUAAAUCGAUAGGUCGAUAUUUACGAAUGUACGAUUUUUGUUAUUUUUUAUUAUUUCCUCUACAUACAUAUAAAAGAAUAUAUACAAGUUAAAAGUUAUAUUAAAAGUUACGAAUAAUUUUGAUCUCUACUUAUGUUUAUUUAUUUUUAUGUUUUUCCUAUUAAUGAAUAAAUACGGUAAGUCAGUUGUCUACCGUAUCGGUCGCCUGUGUUUCAUCACGCAGUACGAGUAUGAGAUUUUUGCUUACAUCUGCCGGAAAGCUCAUGACUCGUUUGAAUAAUGGCAUUUGCUGUAAAAAGUUUACCGAGUUUAAAUAAAGUAUACAAUGGAAGUUGUCGUGCAGCCUACUCAAUAUUCCGACAAUCCGUCGCAAGAACUUCUCUCGUUCAAACUGCCCAAAAAUAUUGUUAUAGCACCGAAGCCCCAAAUCGUCCUAAAAUAACAGAGAGUUUAACGAAUAUACAAUCGUUAGAAAGAACAGCACAAUCGUUAGCACAAGAAAUGUUAGAGAAAAAAAGGCUAGAAGAAGAACAACAAGAGGAGGAAGAACAGAAAAAGCAUCGUGAGCAAACAAAAAAGUUCAUGAAAUAUAGUUUUAUUGUUUUUAGUACAAUGACGGGUUUGGGUUUGAGCUAUAUAAUCUAUGAACUUGGGAAACCGACCUUUGAUGAACAUGGAAAUAUAAUAGAAGAUGAAUUUUCUAAUUUACCAUAUUAUGAAAAGAUUUAUAAAAGACUUAGAAGAGAAUUAAACUACUAUACAAAGCUUAUACAAGAACCUAGUAGGCCGAAAUUACUUCCCGAUCCAUUUAAAUAUCCUUAUAUCCAACCCCCAUACACAUUGGUACUAGAAGUUAAAGAUCUUCUUCUAUGUCCAGAUUGGACUUAUGAAACAGGUUGGAGAUUUAAAAAGAGACCAUAUGUAGAUGAAUUCUUAGAAGCUGUUGCACCUCCACAAUUUGAAAUUGUAAUCUAUACAGCUGAACAAGGAAUGAAUUUGUUUCCCAUUUUGGAUGCCUUAGAUCCUAAUGGCUAUAUAAUGUAUAGGUUGUUCAGAGAUGCAACACGUUUUACAGAUGGUCAUCAUGUUAAAGAUCUGGCUGCACUUAAUCGUGAUCUCAGUAAAGUUAUUGUGGUUGAUUGGGAUGAUGAAAGUAUUAAAUACUAUCCUGAAAACACAUUAAAACUUAAGAGGUGGACAGGUGAUGACAAUGAUAAAACUUUGUAUCACCUAGCAGCAUUCCUUAAAACUAUAUCAUUAACAAACGUGGAAGAUGUCCGGGAAGUUCUGAAUUAUUAUAGGGAAUUUGAUGAUCCAUUAAAAGCAUUCAGAGAAAAUCAACGUAAAUUACUGGAACAAUUGGAAGAAGAAAAUAAAACACAAAAGGAAAGUGGCAAACAUCUUACCUCAAGAUGGACCCCUUCUUUUCUACGAAAUCGCUAGUCAUUUUAAAUUACGUUCUAAUAUAAGAUACUUUCCAAACAACUAAAUACGAGAUUACAUUCAUUGUAUCAUUUCGUUUAAACUGAUCUUACCAAUAGUAAAUGUACAAUUUUUAUUAUAAAAUGAAUAAACAGUCAGUACCCUUUA